CUGCUAGCUAGCAGAGAUAGAGGAGCUCAUAGUACCCAAGAAGCCCCUCGCCCUCGCUCGCAGCUCGCACUCGCAGUCGGUUGUCUCUCGAUUAUUGUACGCCGUAGUGUCAGAGUCGAAUGUAUGCUCGUACGAGCAGGUUGCAUCGCGUUAUUCUCUCUCCUCUUACCGGUACAUUUUACGUUUUCCCGUAUCCUGCCACCACAUAUCGACGCCAUUGUUAUCGACGACACUCGUCGACGUCAACGAGCACGUCCACCAGGACGAGGACGAGGACGGGAACAAGAACGAGGACCUCCCAAUAAAUUAUUAUUUUUGAAACCCACCAGUACAUCAAUAUCAGUACUGCGAAUUUUUACCUCGUGUCAACUAGUCGCGAGCCGGCACCCGAGACUUUGUCUGCUCCACGAGCUUCUUUUUAUUAUUUUCCUGCUCAUCAUCCCCGUCAGUGCUCGUUUUUUAUCGUGAAAGUGACUUGGUUUAACAUUUGAAAAUUUUUGUUUUUUUGGCGCGAAUUUUUGAAAUUUUAAAUUACGAAAUUUGAAUUUUUUACGUGAGUGUUUCGUACUGUUGUUUUUUUGGUUUUUAUUGUUGAAGGGAGUCUUUGGACACUUGAUAUUGUUAAUAUUAUUUUAAAUAAUUACGUUAAUGAGCAUUUAAGUGUUUAUCAGUGAAGUGUUAUGUGCAUUAUGUGAUUCGUGACGACGUUUGUUCGUCUGUAAGAGUAUCUUAUUAUUUUCCCGUAAAACUCUCGGAUACUACGUGAAGGAUGCAGGAACGAGUGUAUUGGAUAGUAGGGAAGACCCUGCUGCUUUUGCUGCUGCUGCCCAUUUUGCCCCUCGCUAACGGAGCUUGCCAAUUUCCGGAAACAUGGGAAGGACAAUGGUUUCAGUCAGGAAAACCGUCGCCUGUCACUAUAAAUGCUACUAUGUUUGGCGAGAAGACCUGCAUUGAGAACAAUGGAGAUAUAUACUCCGUUUAUGAUCAUUUCCAGCAGGAGAACUGCUACAAAUGUUUGAUAAUAAACGAUCGUCAUAAGAACGUCAUUCAAUUCCGCGAAGUGGGGGCAUGUUCGACAGAGAGAAAAAACUUCAAAGAUCUCUGCGAAUCACUGAGGACAGAUGACAGCUUGUUUACGAUGUUCCGAUUAAAUCCAGAGCCGAUUCAGUGUCCAUUUAAUGGAGCCCCGUAUACAUUUACGUAUAAUCGGGGUGAGAAGGAAUGCAAAUCACCAGUCAGUUAUGCCGAAAGUUGCACAGAUCCAAGUAAAUUGUUGCUUAAAUAUCAAGCGUGUCCUGAUAUUGAAGAUUCCGAAAGUACAACCGAGGAACUGCAAUGUCUUGCAACAUGGAAGGAUGGUAGGAACAAAUAUUUGGUCGGUACUCUCAAGCUGUUUGGAAGGAAUGCCGCAACUAAUGAGGAAACAUUCAGAUGUUUCCUGUAUGAAAAGUCACCUCAUCAUCAAGGUGAAAAAGUGACAUUUGAAUUAGCGCAGUCCGGUGAUUCAACUUGCUCAGCAUUGACUGACGUAUCACAAGGAUCCAGAACUAUAAAAUUAACCAAAGUUGAUAGAGAGCACAGUAAAUGUAAGUACCCACAAUGGGUGACUAAGCACCACGGCUGGCAUUCGCUAGACGGAACCAGGACUUACCACUUCACUACCGGGAAUGCGACUCUCAAGGUACAGAACAAGGAGGACAAGUACGAGGAGAGAAUCGUCUGUCAUAAUCUCGAGAAUAUUGAUAGUCCUCCGGACAAGAAAGUGAAGCUCGUUGCUCAUAUAACGAGUGGCUGCGAUAUUGGCUACGUCUGCAUGAUUUUUCACAGAAGAAAUAGUGGCGUGAUCGAGCUGCAGCAAUCAGAUGUCAAAACAAUUAUACCUGAAGAAGCAUGCCAGCAGCAGGAAGAUCUAUCAGCCAUGCCGUAUAUAACUUUAAUAACGUCAACGUUAGAGAAACGCAAGUGCCCUCAACCGGGACGUUACCACGUCGUAAAUUACGUAUCGUCUCACGUAUUGUCAACGACGCCGCGUCGUCAGCGUAAAGAUACAAGCAUCCAGAUACGUGAUAUCCCUUCAUCAUCUUCUUCUUCAUUAUCCUCUUCUUCAUCAUCAUCGUCGUCGUCCUCUUCUUCAUCCUCAUCAAUAUCUCAGCGGGCUGCUGAAAAAAUGACCUGGCAUGAUAAAAAUGAAGACGAACAAUGCAGCGUUUCCGACAUUCAAAUCGGGUGCAGUACAUCCGAUCAAAGUGAAAUGAUCAUCACAAAUACCUGCGAGGAUAAACACGAAGCGUACACGUGUCACGACAGCUGGGAAGAAAAAGGAGUCUGGUAUACAAUAGUGUCGCAAAAAACAACCAGCAGCAGCGGCAUCAGCAUAAACGGGAACAGCGGGAGCAACAUCGAAAGCGAAUCCGCGGUGACAAACACCCAGACAUUCUGUUUCUGGAUGCAGUGGGUUGAUCCGACGCCUAAAUUGUCUGGUAGAGGAUCAAGAGUCGAACAAGAACAAGAAUUAUGGCUGACUUGGCCGCUGCGCGAGUUCCAGAGCGGCUCUCCCGAUCAAUGGACCUACAAACUUGCCAACCAAGGGGUUUGUGAAGACAUAACACGCGCGAGCGCUACCUCAGCGUCAUCAUUUUCGCGGGUGUCUCUGGUCCUAUCAGCGGGCGCGGCAAUAGUCUGCCAGCUUUUGUCGAGAUGAUGUGUCAUCUUCGACACUAACCUGGUACUUGGGGCCUAGAUGUAACAAACAAACAAACAAACGACAUAUAUACACUUAAAUGUAUCACUAAUUUAUCAAUCAAUAACAUAAUCGGGAUCUGAAACUAAUUUAUAAUCCAAUCAACACACAGUUAAAUUAUAAAUACGCAUUACUCGCGUGUGACACUAGUUGAGAGCAAGCACUGUCGCCGAGUGAAGUGUUUGGGGUAUAAUGGGUUAGAUUGGGUGGGGUUGGAUCAGUUAUUAGUGUGACGAUGUAGACUAAAUGAAUGAGUGACGAGUGACGAUCAAGUGAAUUAAGAGGACUAGAAUUCGGGAUGUAUACAAUGUAGAAUAGGGCAACAAUAACAAUAACAAGAACAAGAACAACUGUCCCACAUAGUGCUGCUCCAACUGUCAAAGCUGUGUGUUCCUAGGAUAAUCGAGACGGACGUCUCAAUUGCUGCCCGGACAUUAAACUAACCAGUAUAUCUAUAUAAAUAUAUAUAUAUAUAUAUAGUUGUGCUAGUAGUGUACAAUACUGGAGAUACUGACGUCGAUCGAGCCGCAAUUACUAAUGUCAUUGUAGAAGACAUAUACAUGCUAUCACAUCUGAGUCUAUUAGUAACACACGACUAACACCUACGACAUUCUAUUCUAUUUGAAUAAUUUGUUACCAAUCGUGUACUUAAAACCUAUUGGCAUUCGAGAUAUUCAUUGCUAAUUACAGUCAUAAUUUAUCGGAAGAAUUGAUUUAAGGUUAAGAAUUAUUGUUUACGAACAAAGUAAUUAUUUCCUCUAUCUACUUAUGGGAUUUGAAAAGAAUUUUUUGGGAAAUGUAUAUGAGGUUAGAAACAAAGUUUUCUAAUUGGAAAAAUUGAUAAAUUCAUUGAUUACAUAAAUUAGCUUCUGAUGGAAAAAAUUCUAAUACUGAUGGAAAAAAUGAAAAUAUUUAGUGUAUUAGUUUGUAUAAUUUUUGAGAAGAUGAUUAAAUCUUAGAAAAAUGUGGGGAUAGGAAUUGUUUGAUUUGUUUUAGUAAUUAAAGUUUGAUUGUAUGUCCAAAACAUAAGUAAUUUUAAAAAAUUUUAACUUCGGCUACCAUCGGAAGUGAUCGGAAAUAGUUGCACUUCUUCGGUUUGUUUCUUAACCCAGAAGCUGUAAUUAAUUGUUUAUAUUUCCAUAUCAAUUUUUUUUAAAUAUCAAAGACUAUUUUUUCUUAUAUUUUUAAAUGAAGAUUUUAAUUUUUCCGCAUUUUUUACAAAUUAAAAAUUUCUUGCUUAUACAAAGUCAACUUUUUAUUCCAGGUUUUGAGUACCGACUAAGGUUUUGAACUCAGAUGUGAUGGAUUGUUUAUGAACAAUACAAAAAAAAAGUAUAAAGAGAACAGAAAAAAAAUAAUUUUAUUGGUGCAGCUAAUAAAUAAGAGUGUAAAUACGAUCAGGGUAUAAGUGAUCGGCGUUCAAGAUUCGAUAAUUUUAAAAGAAAGCUAAUUAAUGAGUAAUAUCAAGAGUUAAACUCAUGAUUUAACCUGACACGAACCUGAACGUCGUUACCGAUCGAAAUAUACGACGAAAAUAUAAUAAUAAAAGAUAUAAAAAAUAUAAAAUAUAACUAUUUAAGAUCUAGUUGUAAGUAAAAAUUUUUAUUCACUAGCUAGUUGCACACAUCUGUAUAUACUGAUUUAAUAAUAAUAAUAUUAAUGUAAAUGUAUAAAGACUGUUUUUAAGGGAAUUAUUGAGAGAAGUUUACUUGCCCGAACAAUGCGAUGUUUGGCUGCUAGAUAUUGACAUAUUAAAUAAAUAUAACUAAAGAAAAGAUUAUUUAUAACUAUAAUAACUGGAUCAUCUAUAAAUAAUAAUAAUAAAUAAAAUUUUUAAUGUAAAACAAUAAAAAAAAAAUAUAAAAUGUUAGGUUAUAAGAACGAACAAAGAGAAGGUUUUGAACAAUCGAGUGAAUUUAUUAUUUAUAAAAAUUAAUAUUAUUUUUUGAUUUGUAAGGGCAGGCCAAUGAUGAAGAAAUUAUUAUAUUAUAUUAUAUUAUUAUAAAUUAAAUAUUCAAUUUAAUAAUAAUAACAAUAUAUUUAAUAAUGAAGAUUGUACUUAUCAGAAUUGUCGUUUUAUCACAGAGUCAGACGAUUUUAUUCAUUAAUUGUUUAUUAAUUAUUAUUAUUAAUAAAUAUUGUUAUUUAAUAGUUUAUUUAAUCAAAACAUAUUUUUAACUAAACAAAAAAUUAUGUCAACGUUUCAUUGUUUGGAAACAAUAAUUUUUUAUAUUUAUAUUUUUUUUACGUCUCCAUUCUUUUUUAAUAUAAUUAUUUAUUUUUCGUAAGCUCGUUACUGCCUCAAUUACCGCGGAUUUUAUUUAAAUUUAAAAAAUUAUCUUUACUCUGAUUACAUUUUUAAUAAAUAAUUAAUACCAGGAUUAAUUUACAAUUGCGGCGGCAAUUAUCUUGGCCUAUCGGUACCGAUAAUAGAUAGAAAAAAUACAAAACAAAAUUUAAAAAUUUUUUUUAAAAAUGAUAAGAGUUUUUUUUACAUAUAUUCUAAUAUAUGUAGAAACUCUGUGGUAUCCGACACGUGCAGGCACAAAUGAAGAGCCAAAUAAUAAUAAUAAUUAUAAUAAUAAUAAUUAAAAAAAAAAAAAGAAAACAAAUGAACAAAAAUAAUUAACCGGUAACUUUAACUAUUUAAAUAACUUUUUUUUUAUUACUGUACAUACUCUAGGUAUUUUUUAUCGAAAUAACUUGUUAUCCGGUACUUGUAAAAGUAAUUUUAUAUAUAUACAUAUAUAUGUAUGUAUAUAAUAUACUUUACCCACAUUAAUCAAUAAACUAAUUAAUUAAAGUUAAUGAGGAGCUCGAGAUGAAAACGAUAUUUAUAGAAAAUUAUAUGUUUUUUUUAUUACUGUGUUCUAUAGAUUUUUUUUUUUUUAGAAACUUUUUAUAGAAAAUUAUCAGAUUAUUGCAGGAAAUCUAAUUGUUUUUAUUGUUUUUAUUAAAACGGGAUUCGAUGAAUGAAAAUCAAAAUGGCGGCUUCAUAUUAAAACUAUACCGAGGUUAUUUUCAUAUAUUUUGGUUAAAAUAAAUCAAAAUUCGAAGUAAAAUUUAAUAAUUGUAGGAAAAUUGUAAUUUUUUAUGAGUGUGAAUGCAGCAGACAUCAGACAACUUUUAAAUUAUUAAUAAAUAGGGUAAAUAAUUAAUAAAAUAAAAUUUUUAAAAAAUGCGCAUUUAAAAAAUUUUUAAAUUAAUAAGUGCAUUUUUUCGAAAUAUUAUUUUUUAAAUUAUUUACUCUAUUUAUUUUUAAUAAAAAUUUGUCAUAUCUUCGACAUCCACACACGUGAUUAUUUUUAAUACAAAAAAUUUUGAGGUUAAUCGAAUUUUUUAAAACAAUAAUUCUAUUCUAUUAAAAAAUGAAUUUCUAAAUUUACUAAACUAGUUCUUUGAUAAAAAGAAUCGAGAAUUCAAAUUUAGAUUCGGAAAUAUCAAAGUAUGAAACAAAAAAAACAUAUAUGACCGAUUUUAGUAAAAAAAUCCGAUUGAAAUCCGAUUUAGUUUAAUCGGAAAAAAUGUAAAAAAAAUACGUAUAAAAUAUAUAUCAGAAAUUUCCGAUUUAGUUCAAUAGGAUUAAAUGAGAAGUUUCUGAUCAAAUCCCAUCAACUUUGAAUCGGAUUUCCUAACCUAUAAAAUAUAUAUAUACAAAAAAGUGAUUUUUCAAACUGUAAUAAAAAAAAAUAUGAAAAUUCAUUAACUUUCUAUUUAAAAAAAUUUUAAAUCUCGUUUUGAUCUUAAACUCCUCACUUUUAUUUAAAAAAAAAGAUUCUUAUGUUAAAUAAUGUUUUGCAUACUUCAAUAAAUUGUUGAAUCAAUUGUUUAAACAAAGCGAGUAGCUAAUGUAAUUUGUUAUAUAACUUUUUAUCAUAUCAUAAAGCCCAAUUGCAAACUAAUAAUUAUAAGAGUAUGAAAAUUAGAAAAAAAAAGGAGUAUUAAAUAUAAAAUAUAUGAAAAGUAUGUAAAUAAAAAUGAACCGAGUACCGGUAGACAAGUUAGCUUUACCUGAUGUAAUUUUAAACUGCUACCACAAAUGAAAAUUCUUUAGAUAAAUAGUGGAGGCAUAAAAUUAAUUCAAAAUUAAUAUCUCAUAUAUAUAAGAUUUAAAAAUAUGCCCAUGGUUUUUUAAUUAUAAAUUUUAAUUAUACGAAACUUGUAAAAAAAUUAUAACCUUAAGUAACUUUCUGAGUCGAUUCACUCGCAAUCGAUUUUCCAUUCGACCGCCAUCUUGUUUCUAAAACAAAACUUUUUUUGUUUCAAUACAAAGUAAUUUGUGUGCUCGGCACAAAAAGACACUUUUAACGAACAAAAAUUAAUUUAUGAUAAAAAUAAUAAUAAGAUAAAUAAUUAAGAAAAAAAUGGAGAGAUAAAGUGAUCAAUUAAUUAUAUUUAAAAUAUGAUCCUCUGUACAAGAAGAUUUUGAAGGAAUAUAAGAUACAUAUAUAUUAAAAUCAUUUAUAAAUAUAUGAGUAUGCAAAAAAAAUUGAUUUUUUUUUUAAAUUAAGAAAUUCGUAGAAAAAAAAUUCUAAAAAUUAAAGCUCCUGUGAUUUUUUUUUUACAAACGUCAUUUUUAAAACUUCCAUCUCAUUGACAAAGAAGUGACCCAUUGCGCGCCAAAAAAAUUAAGAGCUCAAAAUUUUCAAAAUUUUUUCACCGAAUUUCUUUAUGAUACUGAAGUUUGCCGACAUCUAAUAAUUUUUGGAAUCUUUUCAGAACAAUGAAUUAUAAAAAAAAAAUUUUUCAAAAAAUUGCACUUAUAGAUUUUCAAAUUCUCUAUAUGCGCAUAUUUUUAGUUUAUUUUUUUAAAAAUUGAUUCGUUGAAAAAAAAAUUCAAAAAUUCUUACUAGUCCAUGGACUAGAACUUUAAAAUUUUUCAAAAAAUGAUAAAUUAAUUAAAAAAAAAAAAAAAAAACUAAAAAAAUGCACAUGUAGAAAAUUUAAAAAACUACAGGUGCAAUUUUUUCAAAUAUUUUUUUUUUCAAAUUUAUCAUUUUUAAAAGAAUUCAAAAAAUAUUAGACCCCGACUAACUUCUUGAUCUAAAUAAAAAAAAUUCAAUUUUUUUUGACACCCUCAUAUACAUAAAUAUAUAAAUAUAUAUAUUUUUCGUUUAUCACUGUGAUGAUUAUAAUUAUUAUAAAAAAACUAAUAUAAUAGAUAAGGCAGUGUGUUGUUUUUUCUUGCCACCUGUAUAGUAACUAUAAAUUAAAAUUAAAAUUAAAAUUAAAAUUAAACUAUUGAGUAAAAAAAAAAAGAAAAAAAAAACGAAAUAUUGAUAUAAAAUAAAUCGUAAGGGUUUCGGGGCUUAUUGAGUAAUAAAAUAAAUUGUAAAGUGGGCUUGUGCUUGCCUACAAUUAUUUUCAUUUAUUAUUACAAUUAUUAAUUAUGUAACUAAAUAAUAUGUAUUAUAUUAAAUAUAAAUUAAUAAUAAUAAUAUUGAUAAUUAUAAUUAUAAUUAAUAAAUUGUAUGCGUAACAAGUGGAGGAUGCAGUUGAUGUAAAGCUAAAGUCUUGUAAUACGCAGAUGCACUAACAAAAAAUAAAAUUUUACAAUAAAAAAAAAUAAAA